GAUUGACGAGAUGCCGGAAGCCGCAGUCAAAUCCUCCUCCAACAAAUACCAAGUCUUCUUCUUCGGGACCCACGAAACGGCUUUCCUGGGCCCCAAGGACCUCUUCCCGUACGAGGAAUGCAAGGAGAAGUUUGGGAAGCCCAACAAAAGGAAAGGGUUCAGCGAAGGCUUGUGGGAGAUCGAGAACAACCCGACGGUGAAAGCCUCCGGCUACCAGCCCACCCCGAAGAAGACGUGCGCGGAGGACGCGGAGCCGGAGCGGGAGCCCGAGGGCGACGGCGAGAAGAAGGGCAACGCGGAGGGCAGCAGCGACGAGGAGGGCAAGCUGGUGAUCGACGAGCAGUCCAAGGAGAAGAACGAGAAAGGCGGGAUCAAGAGGAAAGCGGAGGAUGCCUUGGAGGACUCCCCCAAACGCGCCAAGGAGGCGGAGGGGCAGGAAGGCGAGAAGAAGGCGGACAACAAAGAAGGCGCCAAGGAGGAGCCAAAGCCCAAGGCGGCCGAAGGGGACAAGAACAGCGACGCCGCCAGCGCGCCCGACGCCAACGAGGCCAAGCAGGAGGGCAAGGACAAGGCGGAGGAGGUCAGAGACCACAAGGAGAGCCCGUAGCGGCCUCCGCCGGGCGCUGAUCUCUCCCAGGCUGCUGCU